CAUGGCCACCUCCAAGGCCCUCCAUGCCUUCGACGAGGGCUACACGGGAUCGGACAACGGCGCCGACGACAUGUCCGUCGACACCAAGAUACAUGAGCUGAGAGAUAGCAUCCUCUCUCUCCCGCUCGAACAGCGCCUUUGUGAGUCCGACCUUGCAUCUAGAAUUCCACGAUAGCUGAUACUGACCGAUUCUGCAGGCCUCAUCAAGGAGAUCUGCCCUUCCUUCUCCACCUCAAUCCUCUACGACCUUCACAACGAGAUCGGAUCCAUGGUAUACUUCGAUCCCGUGCGCUACUUACCCAACGAACUCAUCCUCGUCAUCUUCUCAUACCUCUCACCCAAAGAUCUUCUCACCGCUUCCCUUGUUUCCCGGCCGUGGCGCGAGAGAACGCAGGAUGAGAAACUCUGGCAUGACUGUUUUGGUCGCGAGGGAUGGGUCCUAGACAGAGACGCCAUGGGCGUCGUCGAGACACAGGCAAAGGCGCAAGGAACUCGGGUCGCUGAGCGCAAAAUGCGCACAGAUAGACCCGAGACCCUCAGUCGGAAGAACAGCCGUAAGAGGCCGCGAGAUGAAGCCUUUAAUAGUGAGAACGAGAGCACCGCCGUCAACCCAGGCAGCUCACGACCAGAAGUGGAAGCCGACUUGAGCGACAGCACGGAGAGCAUGGAGGGUGUUGAGGCUUCUGCUUCACAAUACGUCUUGCUCGACAGUCGCACGACUCCGCAAGACGCCCCGAUGGACUUCGGCAGUGAACCCAAUGUGUCGGCUCCCGCACCAGCGCUGAAUGCUCUGCCUGCACCGCGACCAGAUGACAUCAAAUUGCAACCGUCUCUGUUCACAGACAGAAUAGACAUGCCUCGGGUCAGCUGGCCUUAUCUCUACAAGCACCGUCGGCGAUUGGAGAAGAACUGGGAAACGGGGAAAUACACCAUGUUCCGUCUUCCCGAUCCCAAUCACGAAGAGGAGGGACAUCAGGAAUGCGUCUACACCAUUCAACAUCACGCGAAAUGGCUCGUCUCCGGCUCGCGCGACAAGACCAUUCGUAUCUGGGAUUUGGACAGGUAUCGGCUCAGAGGCGAGCCUCUGAGGGGCCAUGCUGCGAGUGUCCUGUGUCUGCAAUUCGAUGACAAGCCGGGCAACGAUCACGACAUCAUCGUAAGCGGCGGGAGUGAUCAUUAUGUCAUUGUAUGGAGAUUCUCGACAGGCGAACAAUUGAGGGUGUUGAAGAACGCGCACGCCGAAAGCGUCCUCAAUCUUCGCUUUGACGAUCGCUACUUGGUCACCUGUUCCAAGGACAAGACGAUCAAGAUUUGGAAUCGGCACGAAAUCGCGCGCGACAGCCCGAUUAUUCCCCAUCACGUUUUGAAUUUCUUCAACGAGGAGGUCGACAGAGGUUUAACGCUGCCCGCUUUUACGGAGUUGACGGUUCUAACAGGCCAUCAAGCUGCUGUCAAUGCCGUUCAGAUCAGUGGUGACACCCUCGUCUCGGCGUCUGGCGACCGCAGCAUCAAGUCCUGGGACAUUCACACAGGCAACUUUGUCAAGUCGUAUUCUGGACAUACCAAGGGCAUCGCGUGCGUGCAAUUUGAUGGACGUCGCAUCGUGAGUGGCUCGUCUGACAAUUCGGUGCGGAUCUUCGACUACGAUACGACAGCAGAGGUUGCCUGUCUGGAUGGCCACAACAACCUUGUUCGAACAGUUCAGGCCCGCUUCGGCGAUCUCCAGACCAUCACCGACGAGGAACUCCUUGAAGAGUCGAAGCAAGCCGACUUCAACUUUUUGCAGGCAUUGGAGAAGGGAAUGAAACCAGCUGAUGUCUCGCGCCGUCGUCAGCCCCGCAACGCGGGAUCUAGUCGCCCCGAGGACAUGUUGAGCUUUGGCACCAAAGUACCUCCGGGCGGCGGAGGCAGUAAGUGGGCUAAGAUUGUCUCGGGGUCCUAUGAUGAGACCGUCAUCAUCUGGAAGCGAGGCAAAGAUGGCAAGUGGAGACCUAAUCAGCGCCUUCAUCAGGGCAUGCUGCUCAAUCAUCCCAGCACCUCGAACCGCAUUCGACCGACUGCGCUUCCACAGCCUGUCAACCUCAAUAACAUCAAUGUGCAGGCUGGCCCUAACGGUAUCCAGAUUCAAGUCAACCAGCAGCAGGCCCAACAGCUGCUUCAACAAGCUCAAAACUCAUUGCAACAGGUCAACACCAUUCUGCGACAACCUCCACCUGGACAAGCACAGGCUCUACCGCAACAGCAGCUGACGGCCGUCAAUCACGCCCAGCAGAGUCUCAAUGCUCAGAUCCAAGCUCUUGCAAGCCAGCAACACCAGCACGCGAUCACACAUGGCGCAGCCAAUACUCCGCAAGGUCCGGCCGUGCUUCACGCUGCCCUUGGUAACCAGAACGCACCAGGACACGCACCGCAACAAGUCAACAAUCAGCAGCAUCAGGCUCAGCCAACUCAGGCCACCGCGCAACCGCAACCGCAACCGCAGGCUCAAGGUGGACAAGGUGGGAAUGCCGUCCAAGGUCAGGCUCAAGCGCACCAUCACCACCAACAUCACCAUCAUCAUCACAAUCAGCAGAAUCCUCCACAGAGGGAAUCGAAUCGCGUCUUCAAGCUACAAUUCGAUGCGCGUCGUAUCAUUGCGUGCAGUCAGAACAAGGUGAUUGUCGGAUGGGACUUCGCGGCAGGCGAUCAGGAUUUGGAGUGGGUUGGCAAUUGGAGUGUUGAGACCCCUUGA